GUUGGACACCCUGAUGGCAAAGCUGAUGGCAAUGAAUUUUCUUUUAGGAGCGGAAAAGAGUGAAUGAAUCAAUGCGCUUGUAGUGAUUCCCAAGAAACAAGUGCAUUGACGUUCGAAGAAGCCUUAGAAUAAUUUUUUUAGUGGCGUCGUAGCCAAAAGCUCAGCUUCUUCAUUACUUAAUUGAAAACGAAACCCACAAGUUGCCGGGAAAGCAACAACAACAACAAGUUGGUUCAACCAAUCCAUCAAGAGGCUCGUUCCGUCUUCCUACAGAUUGCUAAACAUGUCUAUGGUCUUGAAACUACGUCUCAGUUUGGUUUUGACCUAUCAAAUCGCGCCCGAUCUUGACCCGUAAUUGGAUUACAGAUAGCGCAAGAGAUGACAUUUCCAACAGACCAAAACACUGAAUGAUCUGAUUCUCAUAAGAACAACACGAGUGUUGGGCGGCCAUUGCGACAUUUAUCGUAAGUCAUAGAGUCUUUCUACUCCAAAUACUAUAAUAAGCCUAGGACUCGACUUCUGCGCAUUAUGUUUAUCGUAAUCUAUGACGACGCUCGUGAUCCUUCUAUUUCUGCUUCACAUAUGUUGGGGGUCUCUAACACGUAGGCCCAAGUGAUAUAAUUCAAUUGUUUCCGGCGUGAGCAUCGAUUAACGUACUUUUGGACGGAAUCAAACAAAAACCAAAUCAACAACAUGAGUGCUGCUUUGCGAUUGGCCCUCUUCAGUUUGUUGCUUGUCAUCCACUCUGCUCGACCUAUGAGCGUCGCAAAGAGACAGAGCGGUCAAGUAACAUUCUGCGGUUUCCACACUCCUUGUGGCUGGGGAGUUUACAAUUCAAACACACGCCAAAUGGACUACUUUGUUCGAAACAUCUGCCAAUGCAACCGACCUCUAGAGCGUUGUUUACGUGCGGGUGACGAUGUCAGCAUCUCGGCUUACGUCUACCGCUGCGUCCGGUCUCGGCCGUCUUCGUCGGCCGUCAGUAGCGCUUCUGUCGGCUCCACAGCCGGAAGAAGUUCAAUUGAUACGGCACCCAAUUUGAUCGAUAUGAAAUUGUGAACGUUCAACAAAGGAAAUUGAAAAAAAAAAAAUGACGCGCAAAAUACCCGCAGGUUUAAAAAAAGCGAACAAAAUAGGUUUUUCUUUCUC